AUGGAAGUCAACAGAAUGCGAGACUUGGAUUCGGAGAAGCAACUAUGGUCAGGGCAUUGUCGUGUUUCUAGGUUAUGGCUGGGAGUGAAUGUCAUGACGGACAAAGUACUCCAUUUGGACUUGAUCCUUCUGGAUUCAAAGGGCAAUGACAUAUGGGUUCUUAUUCCUCUGGUGCUGCAAAAUAAGUUCAAGCAACUGCUGAAGCAACACCAUGUUUACAUAAUCAAGGUCUUUGAUAUCAAGGAAACCGGUUUGACACACCGGCCAAUUGCCAACCCAUAUGUAAUGUCCUUUACUCGGAAGACGACUGUUCAACACAUCCCUGACAUCCCCUCUAUUCCUACUUUCAAGUUCACUUUCAUGAAAGCAAGUGAUAUGGCAUCUAAGAAAGAGGAAACGGUCAUCCUCUCAGAUGUGGUUGGUGAAUUAGUUCGACAUUCAAACGUCAUCAAAACAAGCAAUAUUACACGGAGGACCGUUCGAAAGGAGCUGCAAAUGAAGCUAAUUGAGGGAGAUGUUGUCAAAGUAACCAUCUGGGGAAGAGUUAUUGAACAGUUAGAUAAGAUAGUUAAUGAUGCUGGAGAGAGACAGAUUAUAUUGGUUGUAACUGCUGUUACGGUGAAUGAAUUCAAAGAGGUACUAUCAUUUUCUUCUUCUGGGUCCACAGUUCUGUAUGGUACUCUUGAUAUCCCUGCAGUAACUGCUUUUACCACUAGGUACCGUGUGAAGCUUGAGGUGCAAAGCGAGUCUAACUCAGCAACCUUUAUCGUCUUUGACUAUGAAGCGCACCGAUUCUUUGGAAUCAGUGCUAAUGAACUUUUCGACAAGACUGGACAAAACAGUACUUCACCUCCUGAAAAACUCCUCGAGAUAGUGAGUACCACAAAGGAAUUCCACGUCAAAUUCAAGUUCAACCCGUACGAAGACGGGCAAGCUGAUUUCACUGUGCUCAGAAUAUUGGAUGGCACUGCAAAGGAGAAAGAUUUGCCCCUGCACAAGGAUGGAUCCUCUUCAUCUAUUACCACUAGUAGCAAGUCAUCCCAACCUUUACCUGAUGCAAACCAAAUUGCCAACCUUGAAGAGUCUGAUGGAUCAGUCAAAGGUCCUGACACUUCUGCAAACAAGUUGAAGAGAAAGAUGUCAUUGGAGUGA